AUGAAUUUUCUCGUGACUCUAUUUGCAAUCAGCAUUAUUACUGUCUGUUAUGGUGAUAUUACCAUCUACCGUGGUACAGCAUGUGGCUGGGCUGAACUCACAACAUCUACUCCCAUUUUGUGUAAUGGGACCGAUCCACGUCUUGGAUGUCCUUCGGGUUAUUCACGUCAGCUACUCGACGAAGGAGUAACGUACUGUUACAAAAUCAACACAACUAGUGGUGGAAAAAAUGGGAUACCAGGCACGCUAUGUGGUGGCCUGGCCCGCGCAGCAUGUGGCGGAUUCAUCCCAAAUAAGCAAUGCCCUCCAGGAUAUACACAAGAUUAUCGUUAUAUAUGUUAUAAGAGCGAUCCGGAAAUUGAAGAUUUAUCAGGCACAAUUUGUGGUGUAAUUAGUGGCGGUAAAGGUCAGACGUGUAAUCGUCUCCAAAAAGGAACAUGCCCAGAUGGAUAUUAUGCCAUUAAUUUUGAUCAGGAAGAUUGGCAUGGUUGCUUCAAAAAAUAG